AUGCUGCAGUGCAGGAGGCAGGCGGGGAAGAAGAAGGGAGAGAGAAGGAGGGCGUUUGAGGGGUUCGGCGGAGAGAACAGGUUUUGGUUCAAUAUGGAGGUGCAUAUUCAGCCAAUAACAUGCCCCAUCACAAAUAUCGUCAUUUGGGAGCCUAAGAUUGAAGAAAAUGCUAAAAAGUUCUCAAGGUAUCUCUCGGAUUAUGAAGAGUUGCAGAUUCUUGGCGAAGGGUCCUUUGGGGUCGUAGCGCGCUGCAGUAACUUAUUAGACAACAAAGUCUAUGCGGCAAAGAAAAUUACUCUAGGGGUUCGUUCUUUGGACUUUGAGACCAUCCAACGCGAGGUUGCAAUUGUAUCGGGAUUAAAACACCAAAAUGUGGUGCAAUACUACACCUCUUGGACUGAUCUGACUUUUGCUGGUGGGAGAGAUCAACUUGAACAGGAAGAAGGCUUGCGUAUGGAUGAUGAUGGAAGUAACAGUUCGCUUGAAGAAGGACCUGGGAAUACGAACAACAAAGAGAAGCAGCAACUUCCAUGCUUGUACAUUGUACAAGAAUGUUGUGAAAGAAAUUUGAGUAAUGAGCUAUUGAAGAGGGAGGGUAACAUGGCAUGGGAUGAGGCAUUGCCUGUUUUCACAGACAUAACAAGAGGGUUGCUGUACAUCCAUGGGAAUGGUAUAGUGCAUGGAGAUCUGAAUCCGUCAAAUGUACUUGUAAAAGACAAUGAAUGGAAGAUAGGAGAUUUCGGGAUUGUGGGUAAUUCUUUCGGGGAUGAGGAGAUAGAAGAAGAAUUUAAAGGUCGGAUGUAUGAUGCCCCCGAAGAUAAAGUGGAUUUCAAGAGGGACAUGUUCAGCCUUGGUAUGAUUCUAGUGGAGCUGAUUGCACAACCAGGGACAGUUGCUGAAAAGUGUGCCAUUCUCAACGGCUUUAAGAAGGACGGAAUACUUCCUGAGAAAGUGAGUGGCCAUCCACUUAAGAGCCUUGCGCUGAAGCUUUUGGACAACGACCCUGCAAAGAGGCCUUCGCCGGCAGAGGUUUUGGAUGAUAUCACUGCUUAG